AUGGAUAUAUCAUUGCGCCAAUCUAUCACUACCAGAAAAAACACUGUAAGAGGACUCGAGCUUAUCUCUCGAACCGAUACAUUCACUGAGGACUCCGAAACAGACUUAACUGUGGACAAAUGGACGAUAGGGAUAAUUGUUGCCGCCAUCGCUAUAGUCGUGAUUCUUGUGUCGGUAUUAUGGCGCUACUACGGCUGGCACCUUCCCUGGUUUCGGCGAGCGAAUGGUGGAAGAGGGUACAUUGUCGAUACCUUGAAUCCAGAGGAGGAUUACGCUGUAGGAUAUGGGAGUGACUCGUCAAUGAAUUAUAUUGCCGGCUACACAGCAUCAUUCAUCAGAGCAGGCGAUAUGCAGCUUGCGACGCGAGGAGGGGAAGACGAGGAACACACCCCCGUUGGGCCUUCCCGAAAUGGCAUGUACACAAGUCUCCACAAUGACAUACCGCACGAAAUGGUCAGCCAUCAUACCAAGUCUGGAAAACGACACCGUAAAGAACCAUCAGAUGCAACAGCAGUCUUCCGUGAGCCUUUUGAACCUGAUGACCUCCCUGGAGUUGCCUGCAAGGAUGCAAACGAGGAGACGCCAGAAGCGGCAUCACUGGUGCAUCGUGUCAGAUUUGCUGACGAAGUGAUGACGAUAAAUGACAGGUUCACUACCAGGGAUGAAGACAUAGGAUCGGAUGCCAACCUGCAGGUGAACGCGGAUUCUAGAGAAAAGGAUGAGAAGACGGAUAGUGCUUGUGGCUAGCGCAUGUAUCGCUAUUUCUUCAGUCACAGUGCUGUGUUGAUUAGAGCCAUUCACGUUACGGUUUUCCCGUAGUACACUGUAUUCUAGUUGGCAUAAAUGUGUAUUUGUUUCUUAUACCUAACAAACAGCAUUAGGCGGAAAGAGAAAAAGAA